AUGAGCAACCAACACUUGUUUGACACUGAUUCUGACGAGGAAAGUAUGGAAGAUAUGUUCAUAGAAUGGGAGAUAUCACAGAAACAUAAUGCAGAGAAGGCAACACAUGGUGGGUUGUCAUCAAGAAUGAGGUAUGUACCAAGAGAACGAGAAGCUGGCCAUAUGCGCCUUAUGAAAGAUUAUUUUUGUGCCACUCCUGUGUAUAAUGCAGAUAAGUUCCGGAGGAGAUUUCGCAUGAGGCCUUCCUUGUUCAACCAAAUCUUAGAACAAGUCAUGAACUACGACACUUACUUCCAACAACGACGAGAUGCUUGUGGAAAUCUCGGUUUGUCCACCCAUCAAAAGUUAACAGCUGCCUUAUGUAUGAUUGCGUAUGGAACACCUGCCGAUCAAAUCGACGAGAACCUAAGAAUGGCAGAAACCACAUCUAUUGAGACUUUGAAGAGAUUCUGUCUUACAAUCCAUGCAAUAUAUGGCAGAGAGUACCUUCGAUCACCGACACCGGUUGACCUUGCAAGGCUCUUGAGAAAUGGGCAAAAACGCGGUUUUCCGGGCAUGCUUGGGAGCUUGGACUGCAUGCACUGGGAAUGGAAGAAUUGUCCAACUGCUCACCAUGGAGCUUAUGUGGGCCACCAUGGUCGUCCAACUAUUAUUCUUGAGGCUGUAGCUUCGUUUGACACAUGGAUUUGGCAUUCUUAUUUUGGAAUGCCUGGUUCACACAACGACCUUAAUGUGCUUUACUCGUCACCCUUAUUUGUGCAGGGUAGGAAGAAAAAACUUUUUUCAAGGAAACAAGAGGCGUAUCGCAGGGACGUGGAACGAGCAUUUGGUAUCCUUCAAUCACGAUUUGCCAUCCUUAGGGGCCCUGCUCGCUUUUGGCAUCAAGAAGAUCUUGAGCGAAUCAUGAAUGUGUGCAUCAUUUUGCAUAAUAUUAUCGUGGAGGAUGAGCGUGAUGAAUAUGCUUCCGAUGAUGAUGAUGAUGAUGAUGCAACUUCUAUGGGUCCUACACCUUCAUAUUAUGACCCUGCAGAUGUUCUUGAGAUCGAAGUGCGACGAGAUGCAGCCCCACUUGGAGCAUAUUUAAGUAGGCGAAGAAUUAUGAGAGAUGAAAUUCGCCACCAUGCUCUUCGAAAUGAUCUUAUUAAUCACUUGUGGGAUAAGGAAUGA